AUGUUCUCAGCUCGCAACACCGAUACCCCAAACCCAUUUCGACCCGCGCUCCAAUACCUUAUCAAUCCUGCGAAUUCAAAUUUACCGCGAACUCGUUCGAAUCAUCGAAAAGGUUAUUCAAUCAGUAGUUUGGACUCAGAUGGGGAGAGCGACGACAAGAUGUCUUCUCGAAAUGCAACGACUUCAUCUGAACUUCAUCCAUCCAUCCCGCUCAUAAAUAUAUCUAGAAGUCCUUCUCCUUAUCGCCCAAGAGCUGCCUCGGGUCCCGACCCGACAUCAGAUAGCGACGAAGAAUACGAUAAUUGGGGCACAUCAUCCAGGCGGCCUAUUCUUUCCGGGGUAGAACCAAAAUACACAGGUUGGCGAUAUGCGCUCUACAGUGGAGGACUGGGUCAAUUUCUCUUCAACACAACACUAGGCUGGCGGUUUUAUGUCGGAGUUCUAGUAUUUUGGCUAGGCGGUUGUGGCAUAGGUCUGACUGUCAUGAACAGAAUAGUUCUUUGGAGUGGGUACCUACAAGAAAAUUACACUUCAUAUACUAAGCUUAUGAUCUUAUUAGCCGGAGUUUAUAAGUUUCCCUGGCCUUUAACGACUACAUUCAUCGAAUUGUUGAUUACCCACGGAUUUUUAUGGCUUUCGGCAUUCCUUACAAGAUUAGCAAGUCCAGUGUGUAUCACUGCUGGCGUGUCGAGUGCGGUUGCGCCAAGUACACCUUUACAUAAUUCAAACUUACCAGGGUUUAGAGGAGAGGGAAAGAAACAAGGGUUACUUUCGACUCUGGGAAGGUUGUCAUCUGCAGGUUCCGGAGGUAUUGCUGGUGGUGGGCUGUUCGAAUUUGACUAUGCUAUCGCUCGGCAAGUCUUGCCCCUCGCCAUUAUUUUUGUGGUGAAACUUAUAUUGAGCAAUAUCUCUUUCGCUUACGCCGAACUUUCCAUAUAUGUCAUGGCUAGGAUUGGAAUUAUUCCAUUCUCUCUACUAUUCACUACGAUCCUUGGACAACAACAGCAUUCUGCAUCCACUAUUUCAUCAGCUUUGAUUGCUACUCUGUUUCUACUACUAGGCACGAUGAAGGCUGGUCUUCGUGCUCCAUGGGAAAGUAUAGUUGCUGGAGUCUUUUCGUCCAUUUUUGUUGCGUUAUAUCCUGUUCAGAUCCAACGUACAUAUAAAGCGCUUGUCGCUCAACUUGUUCCUCAAGGUGAUCUCAUAGGAGGUUUUGCUUCCACUAACGGCCCAUCCGACUUCUCUGGUUCUCGCGAAGAAAAUCGAGCAUACUGGCGUCUGCUACACUAUACAUCCCUUCUCUCCAUCCUCAUUUUCAUUCCUAUUCUCCUCUUGUCUGGUGAACUGCCAGACGUCUAUCGCAAUUGCUAUUUCCUGGAUGUAUUCUUUCAUUGGUUGAUGGUUCUUUGUGGCGGCACUGGAUCAUGGGCAGUAUUUUGGUGCACAAUCGCAUUGACUAGAGCAACUGGUCCCCUUACGACAAGCUUUUUGUUUGUGCCAAGAGCUGCAUUCUUACUGCCAAUCAUGGCUGGUUUCAAGCUGCCAGCUUCCAAUUGGAUUGGUUUUGGUAUGUGUUGGGCUAGUUGUGCUUGGUUUCUAAUCGGACGGGUGAGAGAAGGGAGAUCCAUUGAAAGAUUGAGGUGA